CUUCCCACUUCUCCUUCAUCACUAUCUUGUCCACUUCUUGCACACAUAGUAAUAAUCAACUUAAUAAAACCAGAAAGAAAUACUCUUUCUCUAUGUUAAGUGCUCAAAGACCUACCACCAGCACCUCCACAAGCCAUGGAGAAACCGAUCACGACCAAGAACAUGAAGAUAUCCGCGAUAUCCAUGCCUUAACCCCACCCCCGCCGCCUUCGGUGCCUCGAGGCCGUUGGGAAACGGGUAGUAGCCAUCGCUCAAUAUCCAUGAGUAGUGAAGGGGCUGCAAGUGAGAACUUCACCUCCAUGAGUAGAGAGUUCAAUGCUUUGGUUCUUGCUGGUUCUGCAAUAGGAACUAGCAUGAACAACAACAAUAGCGGUUCUGAUCAUAAUGAAGAUAGCAACUUAAACAACCUGUUGGCUAGGAUUGGGGAAGAUGAAGUUCCUGAAGAGACUAACCCUUUGGCUAUUGUGCCUGAUACUCCGCCCUUGGACCCAGAACCCAGCUCAAGCUCAAGAAGGGUUGGGUCCAAUCAGGUGGUUGUUGGUGCUGGUGGUGGUGGUGCUGAUGUGUCAGUGCAGAGAGUGAAGAAAGAAGAGAUAGAAACCAAGAUAUCUGCAUGGCAAAACGCAAAGAUUGCUAAGAUCAGUAAUAGGUUCAAAAGAGAGGAUGCCAUAAUUAAUGGCUGGGAAAGUGAGCAAGUGCAAAAGUCUUGGAUGAAGAAAGUUGAGAGGAAGCUGGAGGAGAAAAGAGCAAGAGCACUAGAGAAGAUGCAGAAUGAAGUAGCAAAAGCACACAAGAAAGCAGAGGAUAGAAGGGCAUCAGCUAAGGCUAAAAGAGGAACAAAAGUUGCUAGAGUUCUUGAAACAGCCAAUUUGAUGAGAGCUGUUGGAAGAGCUCCUGCUAAAAGAUAGAUUCCUUAUACCGCGAGGUAAGGAUGCUAGACUCCCGCAAGAAGUUAUAACCAAUGUUCGAAAGGAUGUCAGAGCCUGCAUAUCAUCAAACAAUUUUUCCAAAUUUCCACAUUCAAACAAAGACAGAUAUCUUAGAGAACUGACACAUCCUAUACCAUUUUCUGGUAAGGAAGUCCGUUUUGUAGUUAUCUCCAAAAACCUGAGGCGAGUCAUCUGCUUGAUAUCUCUAGGAAUUUCUUCAAGCUUCUCACAUUCUUCAAGUCUUAAGGUCUGCAAAUUCUGCAGCCUGCAAAUGGAAUUAGGGAGUUUUCGAAGCUUCCGAUUCCUAUAAAGGUCAAGAUAUCUCAAAUUCUUCAAUGUACCAAUUGAAUUUGGCAAUGUCUCAAAGCAUGAAUCGCUAAGAUUAAGCACUCGUAAGUGCUUGAAUCUUGACAUGCAGGUGUCAAUAAAUGUUCCGGUACUAGGCCCCAUCCCCCUAACUGGGAAAAAUAUAGUUCUUACCUUCUCUAACUUGUGCAAGAACUUAGGAACUUGUUGACUUGGCAAAUUACAGUUGAGCACUCGCUUUGCGCAACUGAUAUAGCUAGAUCAUGUACAAGAUCAUGCAUUUUGCAGGUAAAAAAGAAACCGUGAUCCUCAAUAUCUUGGAGAAAAGAUCUCGACCAUAGUUCUUUCACAAAACGCAACCCAUUCUCUUCCAAUGCUUCAUCUUCAUCAGGCGAUUCAAGAAGUCCAUAAGCCAUCCAAAAUUGAAUCAAUUCAAAACUGUACAACACAUAAUUUUUGGGAAAGAGGGAACAAUAAGCAAAACAUCGUUUCAAGUAAGAUGGCAUGUGAUCAUAGCUCAACUUCAGCACCGGUAGGAUGUCAUUUUUUUGAUGUUGUAAUUUCCAUAUCUCAUUGUCUCUGAUGGACACCCAAGUUUUUUCUUCGGUUGAUGAAUAAAGUAGACUUCCUAAUGUUCUCACUGCUAAA